AUGGCUCAGACCUUCAGGACAACACAACAUCCUGUCCUGAGCUAUGUGCAGUUUUGCACGGAUGCUGUCCUGCCCAUAAAGUCCAUCAAAGUGUCUCCAAACCGGAGACCAUGGUUUGAUGGCACGGUGCGGUCUCUGCUCAAAGCUCGGGAUGCAGCCUAUAGAUUGCCGGUGGCUCUGACACCGGCGAUUAUGAAUUGCUUCAAAAGGAUUGUCCUGAGCCACAUUAAGGACAUCAUUCCUGUUACACUGGACAGUCAUCAGUUCACAUACAGGGAGAGCCGAUCAACAGAAGAUGCAGUCUCAUUAGCCCUACACAUGGGCCUGUCCCACCAGGAGAAUACUAACACCUACCUCAGGAUGUUGUUAGUAGACUUCAGUUCACCCUUUAACACUGUGAUCCCGGACAAGCUGACGCUGAAACUUCCCAACCUGUCUUUCUCUCUGUCCUUCUGGAUCAGGGACUUUCUCACCAACAGGCCUCAAGUGGGGUUUUUCCUCAGCCCGGCCGUUUUCACUCUGUUCACCCAUUACUGCUCUGCUAUCAAUUUCACAAACAUGGUUGUAAAGUUCGCUGAUGACAUCACCGUAGUAAGUCUCAAAUCGAACAAUGAUGAGACUCACUACAGAGAGGAGGUCCAGCAUCUAACAGAAUGGUGUGCCGACAACAAGCUUGUCCUGAACACCUCCGAGACCAAAGGGAGGAAAAGGGUGCGGUACGGGAGUUGCACUACUCAAGACAGAAAGGACUUGGCCCGGGUGGUGAAAACUGCACAGGAGAUUGUGGAAGGACCUCUCCCACAACUCGACUCAGUGUACGACAACCGGUUCCGACGGAAGGCCUCGUUCAGGCUGAUGCAGGAUCCAAUUACCUCCAUUGCUGCCCCUUCCAAGGUGAGCACCGAGACGGCCUACACCCUUCGCCAGAGCUCUGAAGAUGCCGGGUCGCUGGCAGACCCAGCCUUAGAGGAGGGGGGCUUUCAACUGGACAUCCUUAUGGAGGACAUGAUCCCAACUGUACACUUAAGCUGGUCAUCCGGGCCACCAGAUACGCUGGCGGAGCACAUCGAUCCGGAUGCCAUCGACCUCACCUCCCUCGUCAAUACUUUAAUAAAUUCAAGUCAGACAGGAUCCCAGCAGCUCUUCUCUCUGCUCAGCAUCAUGUCCUACAGCUCUCUGGCUCUACACAAGCUCACCCUGCUGGUCUACAACAUCUCCAGCGUCAGAGGCGUGGACAGCGGCGUGUUCAAGAGGAGGUUCUGCUACUGUGUCACUAACCAGACCAACGAUUUAACAGAUUUCACAGCUGUACUCUUGGAUGUGAUGGGGAACUCCACCAGUCACCUGCAAGAACUCUUCAAGUCUUCCUCCUUUUUGUCAGUAAGUCAGCGGAACGACUCGGACUGCAUCUACAUCUGCGUGAUGGCGGGGAAGACGGGCAGAGACAUUCCUGAUCUUUGGAGAGACGGCUCCAUCACUCCACUAUUCAACCAGACUAUUGUUGAAAGUCCCCAAACAGUAACCAACAUAUCUUCCUUGGAGCUUCCUGGUGAAUGGAACCAGCAGCUCACCAGUUUGAGUCACUCUCCUCCAUCUGGGAUGAGCUCCACGCCGGCCAGCAGCGACGGUUCAGCUUCAACAGUCACUCUGGAACAAAAAUCUGUGACGACAAAUGAGGUCACAGCACGACGAUCUCCCACGACCUUCGUGCCCCAGACUCCCACAACUAGAAGGCAGGAGACGCCACGGACAACCCGAAGGUUUAGCACGCCAUCAGUGGAAACCAAAACUUCAGCUUCACAUCCCAGAACAACAACAGCUGGAUCCUCGGACACAAAUCCUCGGCAAUGGAGCUCCUUCUCCUUCUCCUCCUCCUCUUCAAUCGCCCCAGGAAGUACACCUGCAACCUCCUCCCAGCUCACCUCAGAACCACACACACCAGGUCCUGGUCCCUCUCUGGUGACAGCAGCAGCGAGGACAGCGGUUCAACAAACCUCUGCUGCUGCUGCUGCUGUAGCAACCAGAUUCCCACCCGUCCAGUCCACAGCCACUUCCACGGCAUCCAGGAGGAGCACCGGCAGGAGAACGACAGCGUCCAGCACGUUGGUGCAAACAGAGGAAGCAGCUUCAACAGUCACUCUGGAACAAAAAUCUGUGACGACAAAUGAGGUCACAGCACGACGAUCUCCUACGACCUUCGUGCCCCAGACUCCCACAACUAGAAGGCAGGAGACGCCACGGACAACCGGAAGGUUUAGCACGCCAUCAGUGGAAACCAAAACUUCAGCUUCACAUCCCAGAACAACAACAGCUGGAUCCUCGGACACAAAUCCUCGGCAAUGGAGCUCCUUCUCCUUCUCCUCCUCCUCUUCAAUCGCCCCAGGAAGUACACCUGCAACCUCCUCCCAGCUCACCUCAGAACCACACACACCAGGUCCUGGUCCCUCUCUGGUGACAGCAGCAGCGAGGACAGCGGUUCAACAAACCUCUGCUGCUGCUGCUGCUGUAGCAACCAGAUUCCCACCCGUCCAGUCCACAGCCACUUCCACGGCAUCCAGGAGGAGCACCGGCAGGAGAACGACAGCGUCCAGCACGUUGGUGCAAACAGAGGAAGCAGCUUCAACAGUCACUCUGGAACAAAAAUCUGUGACGACAAAUGAGGUCACAGCACGACGAUCUCCCACGACCUUCGUGCCCCAGACUCCCACAACUAGAAGGCAGGAGACGCCACGGACAACCGGAAAGUUUAGCACGCCAUCAGUGGAAACCAAAACUUCAGCUUCACAUCCCAGAACAACAACAGCUGGAUCCUCGGACACAAAUCCUCAGCGAUGGAGCUCCUCCUCUUCUUCAGCCGCCCCAGGCCCAAGAAGUACACCUGCAACCUCCUCCCAGCUCACCUCAGAACCACACACACCAGGUCCUGGUCCCUCUCUGGUGACAGCAGCAGCGAGGACAGCGGUUCAACAAACCUCUGCUGCUGCUGCUGCUGUAGCAACCAGAUUCCCACCCGUCCAGUCAACAGCCACUUCCAAGGCAUCCAGGAGGAGCACCGGCAGGAGAACGACAGCGUCCAGCACGUUGGUGCAAACAGAGGAAGCAGGUUGUCCCUGGAGAAGGCCGGCGCCAAACGGCAGCACCCAACCCGGCAGCACCACGGUGGUCAGUGCCCACAAGCUGCAGCCCUGCAUCUUUGAGCUCUGCAAGUUCUUCUCGCAGUGUCUGUGCAGCCAGAGAACACGCACGAAAAGGAUCUGUUCUGAUAGCCAUCUCUGGUACGAGCAGCACACAGCCGAGGUUUGUCGUCGCGUUCGGAGAAUCUCCUUUUCCAGAAAUCUGAAGCAGAGAUGCCUGACCAAGAUGUGCAGCAAACUGUGACGCACGGGAACAAGGAGCCGUUCAUCGCUGCAGGAAGUGGGCGAAACCGCCAGGACGGACCCCUGGAGCAACUCAUGGACACGUGGGUGAAGAUUCCCAAACAUGAAAAGACUCUAAAGGUUUCUAAAUCUCUGCCAAAUAUGAAGUUUCUAUUCAAUAAUUGUAAAAAGAAAUGAGGAUUUAGUUUUUCAAAUUAAAAGUUGCGCUGCAAAAGGGCAAUUAUUAGUGGUCCUGCCAAUUCAAACAGAGUCUGUUGAGAGAAAUGUCCCAGAGAGGAAGAAUUUCUCUGUAACGGAAAAUGUUUUUCUGUCAUGGAUUCAUGUAGGUGAUUUUAUUAGCUUCCUCAUGAGCUUCCUUUGGAUUUACGUCACUUCAGGGCUGGAUCCAAAAGCAAUUCAACAAAGAAAUCCAUUUUCAGUUUGUAAAUAAAGUAUUGAACAAUUAAAUCUGUGGAUUGAUUUACCUGUUGAA